AAGUGGUGAAGUCAUUCUCCUGGUCUGAUCCUUUUAAGUCGUCAACUUUUGAAGGAGGGACUCUGUCUGGACGAGACAAAUACAAACACUCCUUCACCUCAACACACACGGGAACACACAUACAUACUCUCGCCCUGACUCUUGCAGAGGAAAGACUCUUCUUCCAUCCUUACACACAGCAGAGGUGGUGACCUGACAUCGAGAUGGCAGCACAGCAAGGAGCGGGCAUGGCCAACAAGGGUCCAUCAUAUGGCAUGAGCCGUCAGGUCCAGGAUAAGAUCGAUAAGAAGUACGACCCGGAGCUGGAGGUCAUGCUGGUGGAGUGGAUUGUGGCCCAGUGUGGCUCCGGGGUGGCCAGGCCAGAGGAGGGCAAGCUGGGCUUCCAGGCCUGGCUGAAGGACGGAUGUGUUCUCUGUGAGCUUAUCAACAGCCUGUAUGACGGAGACAAGCCUGUGAAGAAGAUCCAGAGUUCCCCCAUGGCCUUCAAGCAGAUGGAGCAGAUCUCCCAGUUCCUGAGCAGUGCUGAGCGCUACGGGGUCACCAAGACAGACAUGUUCCAGACCGUGGACCUCUGGGAAGGGAAGGACCUGGCAGCGGUUCAGCGGACCCUGAUGGCGCUGGGCAGUCUGGCCGUCACCAAGGAGGAUGGAACCUACCGCGGAGACCCCAACUGGUUCUUCAAGAAAGCCCAGGAGAACAGGCGGGACUUCAGCGAUGACCAGCUGAAAGAGGGGAAGAAUGUGAUUGGCUUACAGAUGGGAACCAAUAAGGGGGCUUCCCAGCAGGGCAUGAGUUAUGGACGACCCCGACAGAUCCUCAACAACUGAGAACCCAGACCACUCUCCAACAAACCCGUUUAAACCUACCCCCCCAACCAUCUCCCCACAUGUCCCCCUUGCCUCACCCCCACCUUCCUUACCCUAAUACCAGUCUUCCACAUGCCCCCCACCACCACCCUCCCCCACCUCCACUCCCAUCUUUUGACCUUGCACAAGCAUUCUGAUCACCCCUAACCCUAAAUCUAGAAAAUUGGAUUUUGCAGAUGGCUUGGGAUUGUUUAGCAACAUUGAAAGGUUUAGGUUUUAAUUACCAUGCAAUGGGUGAAAGUCGAAAGUUUAUCUCCCCUGCUUCACCUGUAACAGCUCCACCUAACAGCCCAGUAUUUUUGUACAUUGUCUUAUUAAAUAAUGACUUUGAAAUACUUAAAA